GGGCAUGGAGUAGCGAGCGGGGCGCGCGGACGGACGCCGGGACAGACGCCAGGGGACGCCCGCGGCUGCGGGGCGCGGGGACAGCGAGCCGAGCUCCGGGCGCGCGUCGGAUCCGCCCCGCCUGGCCGAGCGCAGGAUGCGCGGACCCGGGCGCCCCCUCCUCCUGGGGCUGCUGCUCGUGCUGGGGGCGGCGGGGCCCGGCCGGGGGCUCGCGGAGACCCGGGAGGCGGCAGACAGGCAGACGCUGCUGCAGCUCAUCGUGGAGAUCGUCCAGGAGCUCAGGAAGUACCACUCGGGGGAGUCCAAGAGGCUGCAGCUCUCGGGCCGGCAGGACUACAGCCUGGGCCGCAGGGCGGUCUCGGACUACGGGGCUUACCCGGAGGAGCAGAGAGUGGAAAUUGUUCCUCGAGAUCUAAGGAUGAAAGACAAGUUUCUGAAACAUCUUACAGGUCCUCUUUAUUUCAGCCCAAAGUGCAGCAAACACUUCCACAGACUUUACCACAACACCCGAGACUGCACCAUCCCCGCCUACUAUAAGAGAUGCGCCCGGCUUCUCACCCGGCUGGCUGUCAGUCCGACGUGCAUGGAGGGAUAAGUUAAAGCAUCGCUAUUUCCAAAGAUGAACCAGGCACAUCCUUGGAAAACAACUGCCAUCUACUUACAAGUGGGGAGGCCAGAUGCCCAGCGCCCACAUCCACCGGAAGAACCGCUCAGGCCACAGGCUUCCUGUCUCUGUGCCUGCGCGCUAACCCCGUGCUUCCCCACAGCGGGUCCCCAAAGACUGCUCUCCUGCAGAGACAGCUCCCCGGAGCGAAAAGUCGAGAGUACGGGUACCCAGGAGCCUACGCUUGCGUGGAACUGCUCCCGAGCGUGGGCCUACCUCUGCACCGUCUCAGGACGGGCACACCAGGGCUUUCCCAACACAACGCGGAGACCCACAUCACACUGGUCACCACUGUCAGUAACCGUGUUCACUUUGGCCAAGAAAUGGGUAGU